AUGGAGAAGGAUUUGAGAAAUAUUAAUAUAGCCAUUAAAGAUGAAAUGAUAAAGAAAUUUAAAACUGUAACGAAUUGGAAUUCUUUAGACCAAAUGGAAAUGACCAUCAUUGAUUACAUGAUUAUUAAAUCUAAGUCUGAAGCAAAAGAUUCAAAGGAACGUUUUAUUCUAGAAAUAAAAAUAUUAGAAAAUAAAAUUAGUUCACAACGGAAUUCAGUAACUGACUUAUUAAAAUCAAAUACUCGUCGAAAUAAAUUAUUAGCAAAUGUUCUUGAAAACAUUAAUAAAAUACGACAUUAUUUGGAUAUGGACCAAGAAAGAAUUACGGUAUUUAUAAUAUUGUUUUGUUAUACUCGUAACGUGAUAAAUUUAUAA